AAUUUAGAUAGGGUCGUCUCUCUGUAUCUCUGCCACCAUUGUUCAUCAAUAGUACUUGACCAACGUGUGGCAUCAUUUGAUCACUCAUAUCAUGAGUGGCCAUAAAAGCAAGACUGUACAAGAUUGACUGUGACACCAGCAACCGGCGGCCAAGAUCCUCAUUUUUCUUCAAUAAAAACAAUAAUGCUAAAAUACUACUGCAAGAUUUAGUACUAUGUGUUCGUACAGCUUUAUGUGCACCAUUUUCCCAAAUAAAGUUUUCCCAUUUACCCUCUUCCCCCCUCCCCCCCUCUCUCUCUCUGGCACCUAGAAAAUUGCAGUCGGUAGUCCUAGAUGCACAAAGCUUCCCUUCAAGAACUCAGAGUUGUGAUUCAGUUUCAUUCUCAAUUUUCAAGAAUAUGGUUGUGGUAGAAGAACAGGCCUAUGUUAGGGCAAAUUUCUUGUCGUAUACAGCUCUUCAUUGAAUAUUCAUAGUUUCAUUGCAGCAAGAGUUUGAGUUCUCUCAUAAAAACUCAAUCUUGGCCGUUGGUUUGCUUUCCUCUAAAUGAAAUGUUUAUAGUGAUAGAAUGGAUUCAAGUGCACAUAACUCUGGUUCCUCAGAACUGGGUUUGGAUUUGGAGAGGGAGUAUGACAUCAAUCUCAAUCUCCCCGGUUCAAGUCCACCGCCAUUGCAGAGCUUUGCUGCAGGAGGCUCCGAGAGCAAUGCUGCUUACUUCUCAUGGCCAGCUUGUAGGAUAGGUGAUGCAGCAGAGGAUAGAGCACAUUACUUUGGAAAUCUUCAAAAGGGGGUUUUACCCGAGAUUCAUGGGGGGCGCCCAACGGGUUUGCAGGCCACUACCUUGCUCGAGCUGAUGACUAUUAGGGCGUUUCACAGCAAGCUUCUGAGGCGGUUUACUCUCGGUACAGCCAUUGGGCUUCGUAUCCGGAGGGGCUCUUUAACUAAUAUACCAGCUAUACUUAUCUUUGUUGGUAGAAAAGUUCACAGGCAAUGGCUCAACCCUGCUGAAUGCCUACCUACAGCUCUUGAGGGACCUGGAGGUGUUUGGUGUGAAGUUGAUGUGGUCGAAUUCUCCUACUACGGAGCUCCUGCAGCUACCCUGAAAGAGCAGUUCUACACUGAGCUAGUGGAUGGAUUUGGUGGGAGUGAUCCAUGCAUUGGAUCUGGUUCUCAGGUUGCUAGCCAAGAAACCUUUGGAACAUUAGGUGCAAUUGUUAGAAGCAGAACAGGAAAUAGGCAGGUUGGUUUCCUCACAAAUAGGCAUGUAGCUGUAGAUCUUGAUUUCCCGAGUCAAAAAAUGUUCCAUCCGUUGCCACCAAGCCUCGGACCGGGUGUCUAUCUAGGUGCAGUCGAGAGAGCUACUUCCUUCAUCAGUGAUGAUCGUUGGUAUGGCACUUUUGCAGGAACAAAUCCAGAGACAUUUGUACAUGCUGAUGGCGCCUUCAUCCCAUUCGCAGAAGACUUCAAUAUGAGAAACGCCACCACUCUCGUGAAAGGCAUAGGUGAGAUAGGCAAAGUGAACAAAAUCGACCUGCAGUGUCGCGUGGAGAGCCUCGUUGGGAGGCAAGUUGUGAAAGUUGGGAGGAGUUCUGGUCUGACAAGUGGUACUAUAAUGGCCUAUUCUCUAGAAUACAAUGAUGAAAAAGGGAUGUGUUUCUUCACUGAUAUUCUUGUUGUUGGAGAAAAUCAGCACACCUUUGAUCUUGAAGGUGACAGUGGCAGCCUCAUACUAUUAACCGGCACAAAUGGCGAAAAGCCCUGCCCCGUUGGAAUCAUUUGGGGUGGGACAUCUAACCGGGGCCGUUUGAAGUUGAAAGUAGGCCAGCCUCCGGAGAAUUGGACCAGCGGAGUUGAUUUAGGGCGUCUCCUUGAUCUCCUUGAACUUGAUCUCAUCACUUGUGCACAAGGCCUUCAAGAUGCUCUGCAAGAGCAGAGGAGUGCAUCGGGUGCACGAGACUCGACUUCUUGGCCGAUAGAGUGGGCCGCGGCUAAGAAUAAGUCGGAGGACAACUACGACAUUCAUGCGCUAAGCAUUCCUCAGGCUUCUAGCGAUGAUGAUUCACCGCCCUUGUUUAGGAACGAUGAGUUUCACAUUGAAAGCCGUCUUGAGGCAGCUCCGGUGGUGGAGCAUCAGUUCAUCGCGAGGUUUUUGGGCGAAUCUCCAGCAAACCAAGGGGAGAGGGAUAGUGAGAGUGCACAGGAAAUUUCUGUUUGUUUGCAGUUAGGUGAAGCAGAAUGUAAGAAAAGAAAGUUGUCUGAUUCGCCUAAAUCAAACUAGAAGCGUGUUUUCUCAUUAGCACUUCCCUAUUUUGUCAGCCAUAUAGCAAUCGUGAAUGUUGUAAUUAUAGGCCUUUUUUUGUGAGAAAAAAACAUAACCUCCUCAUUGUUUACUGCUUUCUUUA